UUAACCUGCAAUUGGCAUGAGGAGGAGUUUCAAAUGGACAGCAUGCCCUGCCUUACUUCCUUUCUUUUCUUCUUCAUCAUAUUGUGGUUACAUUUCCUAUGCGUUGCAAAUACAGCUUAUGCAGGCAAAGGAGAUACAAAUAUUGAACGCGGGACUCUAGAGAGAAGAACAUCUCUGGUGUCAAACACUCCAGUUGGUGAGCAAGAAUGCCAAGCUUCCAUACCCAAUACAUUGAAACUAUGGGUUCCAAAGAAGAAGGGAUUCAACGAAUUUGUUAGUGUAUGUAAAGAUAAUACUAGAGCCCUUAAUCCAUGUGUCACUGGGUUUUCCAUAGAUGUGUUCCGUGCCGCCUUAGAAUUGUUACCUUUCAAGGUUAAUGAGCCACAGUUUUCCACAUUUGAUACUGAAGAUUAUGAUGAAUUUCUUAAGGAUGUACCAGCUAAUCCUGCCCAGUAUGAUGCUAUAGUGGGGGACGUGACCAUAAAGGGCUAUCAAGCAUCAUGGGUUGAUUUUACGAUGUCAUAUUUAGACUCAAGUAUUUAUAUUCUUGUACCAACUAAACAAGGUACACGAAAAAAUAUGUGGAUCUUCCUCAAACCCUUAAGCCCGAAUCUUUGGUUGGGGAUUAUCAUGGCUUUCAUUUUUGUUGGAGUUCUAAUUGGAACUUUGGAGAUGCGUUCAAACAUCGCCGACCAAGAUUUUUCAGGUCCACUCCUUCGGCAACUCGGCAUCAUGAUUUGGUAUCCAGUUUCAAUGCUCGUCCUUCCCGAAAGUAACUUCCUCUAUCACUAUCCUUACUUGUGUUUCGUUUGUUUCAAUUAUCUAAAAUGAGUGUACAAUUUUGAAACUCGUUAUUACAAAAAUGUGAAAUUUGAACACAGCAAUUUAAGAAGACUGAGGGUCCG